AAUGUAUCCAAUGUAUCUACUCUUUGAUCAAAAAAGAAGAAGACGAACUGUCAAGUGACAAAAUUCCGUGUAUACGUUUGUAUACUAAUAUUUGAACGAUUUAUACACUAUAAAUACGUCACAACUAAAAGGUUAACCCAAACACAAACAUGUCUGAAAUUGAUAUAGAAUGGCCGUGGCAAUACAGUUUUCCGCCGUUUUUUACGCUACAGCCCCAUCCUGAAACAAGAUCAAAACAAGUAGCAGCCUGGAAAUCGUUAAUUCUCGAUUACUGUAAGAAAAACAAAGUAUGUAUUGUUGAUAUACGAGAGGCAGAUCAGUUGCCUUUAUUUAAUAACUCGGCCAUUAAUAGAAAGUUAGAAUCGGGUGUUAUAGUUUCUAUUCUGGGUGAACUACAGAAAACCGGCAAUGCUGCUGCUGUGGAUAAAAGUAAGAAUCGAUGGGAGAUAUAUUGGCAUACAUUGGAAGAAUGGGGUUCAAUUAUCCACGAUUAUGUAACAAGCAACGGUUUAACGAAUUCUGUCAUGACGUUGUUUGAGUUGAAUCAGGGAGAAUCCCAGGAAGAGUUUCAUGGGUUGCAUACUGAUGUUUUAAUAAAAGCACUAAAAACUCUUGAAGAGCAAAGAAAAUGUGAAUUGAUUUUGUCAGAUGAAGAUCAGGGUGUUAAAUUCUUUUAAAUUAUGUUAUUUUUUAUAUGGCUUUCAGAACAAGUUUUUAUGGUAUAAUAAGUGAGCUUUAUUGUAAUUAUAAUGCAUUUAAUAUUUAAUAUAUAGUUUUUUGCUGUUAUAAAUGAUUUGUGAUAUCUUAAUAUAUGUUUUAUACCCC